AUGAAACGAAACCUAAACGAUUUCGUAUCAACCAUUCUAAACAAAAUCAACCACCUAAACCAUUUGAAACAACUUCAAUCACACUUAAUCACACUUGGUCAUUCCCAAACCCAUUUCUAUGCUUUCAAACUCCUUCGUUUUUCUUCCAUCAAUCUCUCAAAUCUUCAUUAUGCUCAUCGAAUCUUCAACCAUGUUCAAUCUCCCAAUAUCUAUCUCUUCACUGCCAUCAUCACUGCUUAUUCCUCUCAGCAAAGCAAUCAUUCCCUCACUUUCUCUCUCUUUAAAAACAUGCUCAAUAGCUCAGUUCGUCCUAACAAUUUCAUCUAUCCCCAUGUGCUCAAAUCAUCAAAGGAACGGUUUUUAAUCGGUUCUGUGCAUGCCCAGAUUGUAAAAACUGGUUUUUUACGAUACUCAGUUGUUGAAACUUCGCUUGUUGAUUCGUAUUCGAAGGUUGUGGGAGCUUUAAAGGAUGCUAAGAAGGUGUUUGAUGAAAUGUCUGAGAGAAAUGUUGUGUCUUUAACUGCUUUGGUUUCUGGGUAUUUGAGAGUUGGUGAUGUUGAAAAUGGUUUGGAGGUGUUUGGUGAAAUGGUUGAACGAGAUGUUCCGGCUUGGAAUGCUGUGAUUAGUGGUUGUACUCAGAAUGGGUUUUUUAGUGAGGGGAUUAGGUUGUUUAGAGAAAUGGUUUUUGUUGCUGCUCGUGGUGAGGAAGGGUUUUGUAAGGGUAAUAAGCCGAAUCAGGUUACGGUGGUUUGUGCGCUUUCGGCUUGUGGUCAUGCAAGUAUGCUUCAGCUUGGGAAAUGGAUACAUGGCUAUGUUUAUAGGCAUGGUUUUGUGGUUGACUCGUUUGUUUCGAACGCACUUGUGGAUAUGUAUGGGAAAUGUGGGAGUUUGGAGCAGGCGAGGAAGGUUUUUGAGAUGGACCGAUGUAAGGGUUUGACUUCAUGGAAUUCAAUGAUUAAUUGUUACGCGUUGCAUGGGAAAUGUGAUGGCGCGGUUGCGGUUUUUGAGAAGAUGGUGGAGUAUGGCAGUGCUGUGAGGCCUGACGAGGUUACCUUUAUUGGGCUGUUGAAUGCUUGUACUCAUGGUGGAUUGGUUGAACAAGGUUGUGGCUAUUUUGAGAUGAUGAUUAAGAAGUACGGGAUAGAGCCUCAGAUCGAGCAUUACGGGUGUUUGAUUGACCUUCUUGGUCGGGCAGGUCGAUUUGAUGAGGUGAUGGAUGUUAUGAAGGGAAUGAGCAUGGAACCUGAUGAAGUGGUUUGGGGCUCUUUGCUUAAUGGAUGUAAGGUUCAUGGUAGAACCGAUUUGGCGGAAUUUGCAGCCAAAAAACUAGUUGAAAUAGAUCCACACAAUGGUGGUUACGGAACAAUGCUGGCUAAUAUAUACGGUGAGUUAGGAAAAUGGGAUGAAGUGAGGAAUGUUUGGUGCAAAUUGAAGCAACAAAAAUCUUAUAAGAUUCCAGGAUGUAGUUGGAUUGAGGUUGAUGACCAAGUUCAUCAGUUCUAUUCUCUAGAUCAAUCUAAUCUAAAGACAGAAGAGUUGUACGGUGUUUUGGAAAGUCUUAUUGGUUACAGAAAGGAAGUCAUGGUUGAAGUGUAA